AUGUUCAAAAACCUAAAAAACCGAUUGGAUAAUGAAGCUGGAAAGCUGAAGCAGUCAGCGCAACAAUAUACGGAACAAAUAGCCGCUCAAGUUGGGCAAUACAGACAGGCUAUGAACGAUCAGCCAACUGGUAGUGAUGCCUCUGCGUCCAUUUCCAAAAGAUUCCUAAACACUGUCACGGGGACAACUAACACAGAAGCGGGAGAAACUAAAAAUAAUGAUCUUGCAGAAACAUCCAUGGAGUCCUCAUCAGCAAUAAUGUCUGAAAUUCCGGAAGCUGAUUUACUUGGCCUUGGUCUUGCUUCAAAAGACUCACCUGUUAACCGUCGACGUCGUUCUCUUUCCGAAGACUCAACUCAUUCAAAUGAGAGCACUUUGGCUGCACUUCUCCAAUCGAUUCCGAAUGCACUUUCUUCUGCCUUUGAAACAAUACCUUCCGACUCUGAAAGCGUAUCUAGUGAUGCAUUCUCAGUUAGAUCCACAAAUGAUCCGGCAUACAAUUCUCGCUUGAAACAACGCAUUGCUACGUACAAAGCCAAAUAUCGUGACGCAGUCCACCGCCACAACAAACUAGUCGACGAAGUCAAUGCAACCAAGAGAAUUCUUGAGAAGACACAAGACGACUGUCUUCAAAAAGUGGAAAAGCUCCGAUCGGAAAAACGAGUUCUUGCUGAAAAACUUCAAGCUUCUGCUGGAAAUUCCAGUGGGACUGAAGAGUUGGAGAAAAAAUGUGAAGACUACAAACGAAUGCUUGAGCAGUGUAAAAUAAAAAUCAAAGCAUUACAACAAGAGAAGAAAGAACAACUCAUUAACGUCGAUGAAGAUGAAAAUCCACGUGUCAAAGAGAUGGAAGCAAGAAUUCAGAAAACGGAAGAAGAAUGGACGAAUCGCAUAAACGAAAGUGACCAACAACACGCAAUUACUUUAGCUACCACAAAGGCUGAAAUGCACGCAGCUUUGGAAAAUAAGGACACUGAGAUCGAACAAUGGAGACGAAAGUGUGCCGUUCUGGAACAACAAGAUGCUGACGCAAAUAAGAGGUGGAAUGACAAAGUUGAGAAAGUCCAAGCGAUGAAUAAGGCUUUAGAAGCUGAAAAGAACGAAAUGAUUGAUAAACUAUCAGAAGCAAAGACACAAGGAGUGAAAGCAGUUUUAGAAGAGGAAGAAAGAAAAAGAAAUUCUUUAGAAUCGGAACUAAAUGAAGAAAUUGAACGCUUAAAAGAAGAAGUAGAGAAAAUGAGGUUGGAAAUGACAACAUACAAAGUACGAUUGGAAGCCAAAGAAUCAAGUGAAUUUGAUGAGCAAAAAGAAGAUGUUGAAGCACUGAAACUCGAGAUGAGCAGGGCACAGUCGGAAAGAACGGAUUUAGAAGUCAAAAUAGCUGAACAUAUUACAAGUUUCGAUAUAUAUCGUGCAGAAGCUGAGAAGACGUUGGCCGCAGCGAAAGAACAGUUAGUUUAUUUUAUUUGCCGCUGA